CAUGAAAUUAAGUAAAGAUGAGGAGAGGUAGGGCAGCCAUGGAUUUGAACAAGUCAAUUGAGUUCAACCCUACAUCUCCACAAGUCCACAAUUUCAUGUCAAUUCCUUCUUCUUUCAUGAUUCCUUCCCAUCACCCAUACAAAAAGGUCUGUCAGGAAGCGUGUGAUCAAUCUCUUUUUUUGCAACUACAGAGGCAGAAUUUGGAUGCUUUUUGGAAUCAACAAUUGAUUGAUAUUCAAAACAUUUUAGCUUUUAAGAGUCAGCAUCAAUUGCCCCUUGCAAGGAUCAAAAAGAUCAUGAAGUCUAAAGGAGAAGUUAAGAUGAUAAGCGCAGACACACCAAUAUUAUUCUCAAAGGCAUGCGAACUCUUUAUACUGGAGCUGACUCUACGCUCAUGGCUUCAAACCGACCAAUGUAAGCGUCGAAUAUUGCAGCGCUGCGACAUUGCUCGAGCCAUAAGGCAUGAUCACACUCUUGAUUUCUUGCUUCAUGCUGUUCCUUAUGAUGACUACCAGGUCGAGGAGACGGAGAAUUGUGGUCAAUAUCUUCCUCAUAAUCAAGUGCCGUUUCUCAUAGACAUUAAUGAGGAUUUUAUAAUGACUGAUGAUGAAAUUUCUCAACAAUACAUGAUCAGGCCAUAAAUGCCUUCUACAGAAAUCAAUUAUGAAUCUAAUUUUAAGUGAACUUGUAGAAACUGAUGAUGGAAGAGAAUAUAUUGGUGGAUGCAUGAGAACAAGCUGGUCGCAACCAUCUAAUCUUUUAAUUGAUUAAAUAAAGAGCUUCGUGUCUUUGAUUAUGAAUGUUAUUUAAGUAUCAUUUUUAUUUUUCAAGUAAGAAUUUUUCAUAAGCUUGCUAACUAUGUUGAGAAUAAAAAUAUA